UGAAAAAUCCGAAAUUUAAUAAAAAAAAAUUGGCAAAAUAUAAUUCAAGUGCACUGUUGUACGUGUUCAUAACAAAUUUGAUCAAAUUCGCAGAUAUCAGAAGUGAAGAAGCAAAAAGCCACCACGUCAAAUCUUAUCUUAAAAUUGAAAUUAUUAUAUGUUAGUGGCUGGUACUUCUAAUACACUUUGCGUCAUCAAGUUAGCACAUCUUCAUUAGCCGAAUAUGAUUGCUUCUGUUUUUGUUGUUGUUAACUAAAGUUGUUGCUGUUGCUUGGAGGCUCACCAAAACCAACAUUACCUGACGAUGGCGUUCUUCGUUUAUUUUCCAUGCGAUUUUGUCCAUAUGCUCAUCGUGCUCACUUAGUGCUAAACGCCAAAAAUAUACCAUAUCACGCCAUAUUUAUUAAUCUUACCGAGAAACCAGAAUGGCUUACGGAAUUCAGUCCACUGGGUAAAGUGCCGGCGCUGCAGCUACCCAAAGAGGAAGGCAAUCCAGCCUUAAUUGAGUCACUGAUUGUGGCCGAAUAUCUUGAUGAGAAGUAUCCCGAUGUACCACUUUUCCCCAAAGAUCCACUAAAGAAAGCCCAGGACAAGAUACUUAUCGAGAGAUUCAGCUCGGUGGUUGGUGCUUUGUACAAAGUGUUUCUAGGUAGCACUGAAGCGGCACCCGAUGCGCUAACUGAGAUCUCUAAAGGCUUUGAUAUUUUCGAAAAGGAGUUGAGCUCACGUGGUACACCUUACUUUGGUGGCGACAAACCUGGUAUGUUGGACUAUAUGAUUUGGCCAUGGUUCGAGCGUACGGAAAUGUUGAAGUACUUGCUGCCGGAGAAAUUUGAACUGGAUAAAGAACGCUUUAGUAAAUUAGUUGCAUGGCGCGAUUUGAUGAUAAACGAUCAAGCAGUGAAAGGCCACUAUUUGAAUGGCGAAACUCAUGCCAAGUUCAUGAAAGCGCGUCGGGACAAUGUGCACGAUUAUGAUAUGCUUGUUUAAGAUUCUUGAAAUGUGUUUGUUAUAUAUGUAUAUAUAUCAUAUACGUAUAUAUAAUUGCAUAGUAUACAUAUACAAAAAUACAUGUAGUUUGUCACCAAAAAUACAAAAAUUUGCAGGGAAAUGAAUGUAACACGAUACAAAAUGGAAUAUGAGUUGAAGCAAAAUUAAAAUUUUGCUAAACCCCUAAAAUGUUGGACUAAUGUAAUUAUAUGUGUGUAAUUUGAAGUAGUGAACCGUAAUCAAUAAAAUACUCAAUUUCGAAUUUUUCGAUCAUA